AUGGUAUCAAUUGAUAGUAUUUCCAUUGAUUUAAAACUAAUCUUCUAUUCCAACAAAGUCGGAGGCAAAUCAUCAGUGACAAACUGCUUAGCAAGAUAUCCCCUAAAGUUCAUCAUACCCAAAAAGGUGGGUUCUUCCAAAACUGAUGUUGUCUGGGUUUAUGCCCUCACUUAUGGAGGUGGAAUUUUAUCUGGUGAUCACAUUUCUUGCAAGUUUUCUGUGGGAGAUACUUGUACCAUGGUGUUAACCACCCAAGGUUCUACUAAGGUCUUCAAAUCUGUGGGAUCUAAGUGUUCUGAACAAACAUUAGAGGCACGAGUUGGAAGCAAUGCGCUUUUAGCCAUCAUUCCAGAUCCAGUAACAUGUUUUUCCACUGCAAGAUACUAUCAGAAACAAGUCUUCAGUGUGUUUUCAGACUCAAAUUUGGUCAUUGUUGAUUGGAUUACGAGUGGGCGCCAUGAAAGUGGAGAAAAAUGGGAUUUUGAUCUAUAUAGAAGCACCAAUAAUAUAUUCUUAGAAGAUGGUCAACCUUUAUUUCUGGAUUCGAUGUUAUUAGAGAAAGGAAAAAUUGGCUGUGUACAGGAACACAUGCAAGACUACCAAGUAAUUGCAAUGAUUGUACUCCUAGGGCCAAAGAUGCAAUAUAUCCAAAAUCUAGUGCAAGAUCACGUGAAAAGAAUUAUGUCUGAGCAAUUACAGCAUCCUUCUGCUGCCUUGAGCCACCAAAGAGACAAAGCUGAUCCUUUCAUGACAAAGCCAAGCUUCAUGGCUUCUUGCAGUGUGUUUGGUCCUAAGAGAAUUGGUCUUCUUGUUCGAGUGGCUGCUGUUACAACUGAAUCAGUUUAUAAUUUUCUUAAACACCAAUUGGCUCCCUUGGAGCCAAUGAUUGGGGUGCCACCUUACAGAUAA